GAUCAGAGAGAAGGAGCGGGCAGAGCGUUCCCUCGGCGUCCUCUGCCGCUCGCACGCCGGAGACAGAGGAGAGCGCCGGUGUGUCUCCGUCCUGCCCGCCUCCUGGAGCUGCCGCCAUGGCCAUGUUGCCCGCGGGCCGGCUCGGUACCGUUAUCCGCCUGCUGCUGCGGUAUGCAAGAGGCGGGAGGUGGGCUGGGCGGUUCCGAGGGGCCCGAAAGAGGUCGAGGUUAGGCGAGUUCACGUGCCAGAAUCCCAUCGGAAUCCCGCCUUUCCCGCGUGAGGGAUGAGGCGCCCACGCGCGCUUUUUCCGCCGUGAAAUGUUCAAAGCUGUUUCGGGUACUUCCCGUUUGGUGGUGCCCGCAACAGCUCUGAAAGGUGGGCCGCCCUCGCUAACCCCAAAUCACCAUCGAGGGCGCGAAGCUGGUGGUGGCAAGUUUGCCAAAGGCCGACCUGCUGGUUUUUAUGGCUGAGGCGAGACUUAAAACCAGAAACUUCCUGCUUCCUGGCUCCUGCUUUUAGUCAAUAGGCAAGGAGUGGGUAGGAGCUUAAAACUGAUGGAAGGGGUUCCCAAUGGUCAUCUAGUCCAACUCCCUGCAACACCAAGAGAAGGUCAGCCACUGGCCAGUUUCUGCUGGACAGCCUAGGGCUAUCUCUGCAGAUGUCCCCCUCCCCUUUGUUCUCAAUAUCCAGUUUCUAGUCACAAACAGCAAGUUUGAGAAAUAGUCCGGGUAGAAACGGAAGGUAGAAGCUGUCUGGGCUGGAUAGAACUGUCUGGACUGUUUUUGACAAAAAAUGGUAGAUUAGUUGGCUCUUGAUUUGUUCCAAGGUAAUUUUUAUGUUUAUAAGUAAGAAGGCACAUUUUAAGUUACUUAAGCCCUACUAGGAUAUGAAUAUACAUUCUUGCUUUGUGGAGCAGAGGACUUCCUUUUUGAAAAUUAGAGUAGACCGUGCAAGAUCUAAAUCAGUCCACCCUGCUCAUCACCUGCUCUGUUGACAACUAUCUGCUCUGAGUUAUCCCACUGUGGAGCUCACAGUGCGAAAACAAAUUUCUCUACACCUCACAUUGGAAAACACUUCAAGCUUUUAAAAAUGCCUUUUAGUAAUAUGGACAUUCUGAAGGAAAUCAGCCCUGAGUGCUCACUGGAAGGACAGAUCAUGAAGCUGAGGCUCCAAUACUUUGGCCACCUCAUGAGAAGAGAAGACUCCCUGGAAAAGACCCUGAUGUUGGGAAAGAUGGAGGGCACAAGGAGAAGGGGACGACAGAGGACGAGAUGGUUGGACAGUGUUCUCGAAGCUACCAGCAUGAGUUUGACCAAACUGCGGGAGGCAGUGGAAGACAGGAGUGCCUGGCGUGCUUUGGUCCAUGGGGUCACGAAGAGUCGGACACGACUAAACAACAACGAUAUGGACAUCUCCUUAAUUUUUUUUUAAUUACAGUUUUGUUGGUGCUGAGAGGUGUUGCUUCUCCCCCUUUUCCACAGCACCUACACCAAUCCAUGUUUAUAUCACCCUUUCUUCUCACUUGGGUGGCCUUGCUGUUUCUCCUGAAGCACAUCUGUUCUCAUUCUUUCAUUCAUUUGCUGCUUGCACAGGUCUUUAUGUUGUGAACCAUGAAGUGCUGACAAACUUUGUUGAUUUUUCUACAGGCAGCAUCAGCCACGAGCAUGUGCUAUUAGGAUGCUGAAGACUACCAGCUCACAGCGAAGUGAAGCCUUGGCAACUCCGCCUCUUGAUAAUGUUCCCAAGGAGUACUCACCCAAGAUUCAGCAGCUAGUUCAAGACAUUGCCAGCCUCACCCUACUGGAGAUUUCUGACCUCAAUGAACUACUGAAGGUGCCAGUGUUUGCAUGGGAAGCAGGGUGAUUGCUGUACUAGGGAAAGAUGGAGCAGCAGACAGCUCAUUGUUGGUCAUGUAUUUCUCUGGGAUGGGGUGCUUUGGAAUUCCUUCCCCAGUUUUUGUGAUGCAUACAAUAUAGAAGAAGGAUUAAUAUUUCUCUUAACACUGCUUACUCUGUCUUUUUCUUCAGAAAACCCUCAAGAUCCAAGAUAUGGGACUCAUGCCAAUGGCUGGGAUGAUGCCACCAGCACAAGCAGCAGCUCCAGUAAGGGAUCGAUUGUUUAACUUGUUGUUUAUUUGGGCUGAGUAGCAGCUGUAGCUGGGCAAAUGUCUGAAUGGAAAACUUCAGCAGCCCUACAAAUGAGCAUUCUGUUGAGAGCGUUGUGUGUGAAGGCACCAAAAUAUUACAUAACAGGCAUGUUGAUUGCUUGAGGCUGCUGGACUAAGCAUGCAGCCAGCCUGUUGUUGCCCUGCAUUUAACAGUGGCUUUUGAAGCAGAAAGAGAAGCAGUUCUGCUGCACUGUCAUGGAAAAGGUUGUUUCAGUGUUGCUAACACGUCAGAUGACAUUUUCCUGGAUAUUACUGGUGUAUAACAAACUCAGCAACUGGAGAUGGGAAUGCAGGGGUGAGAAAAGUUCUCUGCUAAUAGGGGCUUACUUUGUGGUUGUGCUUGGUAUCACAAUCGUCUUGCCACAUUUAUUUAUUUACAUACCCUGUCUUAUGAACUCUUAAGAAAUAAGAUGUUCAGAACCAAAAUACCAUUUACUGUAUAUAAAAGCCACACAAAGCCGUUAAGCUAUCUAAAGAGUAAAUAGCACUAACACCAGUGCAGUGGGCCUGCCACUUAUGUGAGGUUUAGUUCCAGGGGUCCAUGUGUAAAGGCAAAAUCAUGAGUAGUCUGUCCCUGAAAAAGAGGGUGCCAUUGCAUCACAUAUUUUCAGGCCACUGCAACAAUUUAAAUCUAGCACAUGAUGUGUUGGGCCUGCAAUAACCAAGGAUAACCCUGUCAUUAUUGUGGACAUCACAAAGACCUGAGCUGCAGGUGACAGGGAAGCCUGGACAUGGAUGUUAAACCCUUUACCUAAGAUUGGGCAGAUAGUUGUAAUAACUCUUACUGCAGUUGACAUCUCAGGGCUGAUACUACAUCAAGAAUCAAGUUGGGAGCUGUUGGAUCAAAACAGGUCGGCUCAAAUUAUGCACUGAGUUCUUAGUUCUAUAUUCCUGGUCAGUAGCGUUCACUAGAAUUAAAUACUCAGUGGUAGAUGUUUUGUUGACAGUUGAUUUGGCAUUAAUACAUUGCCCCUUGGCCCCUCACGCACGCACAAACAAAUCCCACUGCAGCCAACCAAAGACAGUCAACCACAUCCUAGGCCACCCCAGCCUCUCACACCACCAAGGAAACAUAACAAGCGAAUAGAAAGAGAACCUGUCCAAGUGACGCUGAAACAACCCCCCUCCCCCGCGCACACGCUAUCUCAAAGAACAUGCACUUUACCAUCCCACACCCUCCCUCCCUCUUUUCUUCCCAAUAUAAGUUGCCCCUUGAGGCCACACCUUUCUGUGACCCAUUCCCCUUAUUAAGAUUUUCUAAGUACCAUGUCAAGACAAUCUUUAUAGUAGCUCUUGUUUUGAGAUCACCUUCCCAUCCCAAAAAAUGCAGGGAUUUGCGUAAACUGCAUGCAAACACUUCCAAAGCUGCAGGCAAGUGCUCCUUAAAUGUGAAGAUUUCCACAUCAAAGUCUCCUUUCUCAAAGGAGGUUACUUAUACAACAUUAUGAUACUUCUCCCUUUUAGCCUUAGAUCAGCGUUUGCCAACCUGGUGCCCUCCAGAUGUCUUUGACUACAACUGCCAUCUGGAGCUGUAGUCCAAAACAUAUGGACAGCAGCAGGUUAGUGAAAAUUGCCUGCUUGUAUUACAUUGGUUAAGAUCUUGAGCAUUUGUGGAGCAGAUGAAAUGUCCAUUUGGCCCACCACCUAUUUCCCAUUGUGGACAAUCAGAAGUUUCUGGUCCAUAUGCUGGGCCUUUCAAGUCAAUAACAAUUCGUCUGCUAUUACUUCCAGUAACUGAUUAGAUAUGCUCAUUGGGCCACUUCCAGUAAUAAAAAGCUGGUGUUCAGUUAAGGCAAGGCUUUUGGGCUGACCUACUGUCUCUAUUCCUUCAUCAUUAAAGGAGAACUAGCAUAGAUGGUGAGGUGUUUUAAUCUUCUUUCUAGUUUACUGUUGAUUUUGAUCAACUCUUAAAUGUUUUAACUACUUGCUUCUAACUUUUCAUUGAUGGUUUUCAUUUCUUGUAAACCGCAUAACAGUUUUGUUGCAGUCAAGUGCUAUAUACAUUAUGGUUAAAUAAAAAUAAAGAUUCAGCAAUGGUCUUGCAGCCCAACACAAGAAUUUAGGGGAAAUAAUGAAGGAGUAGCUGGUGCAAGUUUUGUUAGAUCUUCCCUCUGUAUAUGGUACUUUGGUACUACCAUUGGCUAAUGAAACUUCAGGGAUGUGAGGGUCAGGCUCCUGUUGCCAAUUGUGAGUGGGUUUUUAUCUUUUUUGCUAGGAAGCUGAAGAGGAUUUUGUCCCCAAGAAGCCGGAGAAGAUAAAUUUUACAGUCAAGUUGACUGAAUUGAAUGCUGCAGAUAAGGUGAAACUUAUCAAGGAGGUGAAGAAUUGUAUGCAAGGCUUAAACCUUGUCCAGGUAAGCAGAUGGUGCUCAAGGCUGACUUAACAGGUGAAUGUGCUAAAGGCUUGAGGGAGGCAAGUUUCCUUUUACUUGUUUCAUACAGAACUUAAUUAUCAAGUAGCCCCAUCUACUUGGGCUACUGUUGUGCAUUUAAUGGUGGUGCAAGUACCUCCUUGCUCUCUGCCUCUUGUCUGAUAUAUCCACAAGAGGUCUGCAGUCAGUACUUAGGGCAAAUACACAUUUCGCUUGACCUGUACUUUGAUUGUAUUGUGUACCAAUUUAUUCCCCUGGGUCCGGGAGCUUUUCUUUUUCUGUGGCUGUGCCUUCCGAAAAUCUGCUCCUACCUGCUGAAUUAAAGCUCCAUUAAGCAAAAUCUCUCUUUGGAUUUUCUGCGCAUCCAUCAAAAAAGAUCUGAUUCAGUGGGAAAGAUCAAAUUUUCACAAGGCACAGUUGCAGAACAAUGAGGAAAGCCCUGGGAUCUUUAAUCAGUACACGGUAAUCAGGGGAAAUGAAUCAGUACACAAUACAGGUCAGGUGAAGAGUGGAUGAGCCCUUGGUCAUACCACCUGGGGGCAGCAAAUUACAAAGAGAUGAGCUGCCAAAGGAACGUUCACAUGAGGAAAGUGAGGAGGUAAUGCGGAGUUAGUGGAAGCGAAUUUGCAUCCCUUGAGAUAGUACCAGCUAGUGUGGCAAGUCCCUUGCGAAUCAUGAUGCUCCAAAGAGGAUUCUUCUAAGCAUUUGGACUCUGGUCAGAAAUGGCUUACUGUUUCUUGCCAGGAACUUGGCCAGCUGAAAAGUAAUACUGCCGCUUCAGCCUAGGAAACGCUUCUGCUUGGCUCAUCUUCUAGGUUGCGUGAUCUGCCAAGUGGGGAGAUAGGGGCGAAGUCACAGAGGGUCCCAUACUAGUGGGAGCAGGCAGCAGCUUCUUGGGUUCAGCGUUAUCCCUUUCCAUGGCUAACUGGAGCGGCUCUCUUAUCUCUUGCAGGCGAAAAAGUUGGUAGAGUCUCUUCCUCAAGAGAUCAAGGCACACGUCUCUAAAGAGGAAGCGGAGAAAAUCAAAGCUGCUCUGGAGGCAGCAGGAGGGACUGUCGUUCUGGAGUAACGGUUGGCAUCGGCAGCCAAAGGACUAAAGCAGAGCAGGGGAAAGUCCUGCGCUCUGUCACCCACCUGAAGCUUUUAUUUGCCUGCUGACUGGUGGUGGUGGGAUGCUGUGCAGUUCCAUGAAGCUGUGCCCCGCCUUGUUUUCUCUGCAAUGUGGUUGUCCACUGAGAUGGCCCAGUGUGGGAUGAAUGUCUUCGGCACAAUGGGGGUCUGUUGUUUGUACCAACACUGCAAGGAACUGAAUCUAUAAAGAGUAUACACGGGGGCAAAUGCCUUUAGAACAAGUGUUGUGUGAGCAGACUUUCUUGCAUACCAGUGUCCCUCCUUACCUGGAAGGGCUCCCUGGUUUGUGCGUUUUUGCACCAGAUCCUGCUAGCUGCUCAUCUUAGGGUCUCUUGGUGGUAUUCAGGGCCACUCUCUUAGCUGCAGUUUCUAACAUGACCCACAAGGACAGCCUUCCCAGUUGACUGGGAGGCUGUGGACUCUCCUUCCUUGGAGGUUUUUAAGCAGAGGUUGGAUGGCCAUCUGUCACGGAUGCUUUAGUUGAGAUUCCUGCAUUGCAGGGGGUUAGGCUAGAUGUCCCUCUGAGUCCCUUCAGACUCUUCAGUUCUUUGAUACUGUGAUGGGAAUUGUAGCCCGGGUUGGGGAGAAGCAUGUUGACGAAGCAUGGUGAUGACUAACCACUCAACAUAGAAGUGUAGUGGUCCAGGGACCUGCCUUGCAUUGCAGGCAGCUUUCCCCAUCAUGAGCUGUUCCUCCCCAUGAAAGAGAUUGAAUGUGAAAAGGCCUGAUCUCUUUUCUCCUCAGGAUAUUAACUUAAAUGACAGGUUUUUCUGCACCAGGUAAUCCUGGGCAGGGACGAUGCAUUGUGUAGGUCCGCACCAUGCAUAGAUACCCUGAGUAAUACUAGUUGCCCUGUUUCUUUCCACCUGUUUUCUGCACCAAGAACCUGAGCUCGUGGGAAAAUCUCUCUGGCCAUCUUCCAGAACUCCUGGCUGUUCUCUGUUACAAGUGGAUCAGUUUUACACUCCUUCCCUCAACCCCAUCGGAUGUGAUUUAUAGGCAACUCGGCUUUUCUUACUGCCGGGCCCUCGCUGGCUUGUAGCUUCACCAAAUGAAAGUUGGGCAGCUAAAUCUAUCCAAACAGGAGCUCCUGUUUCAAGGGAUGAGGGGAGUCAGUGCUUGGAAGAGACCGUUCUUGGAAGGAGUGGAGCACAAAGGGAAGGGCCUCUGGGACACAGUGAACCUCUUUCAGCCUGUUCCAUGUUCUCUUCAUAAAUGACAGUGUGUUCCUUUUCGCUACACCGUUUUGAAGUGGCCAGAAUUGAUCUUCACAGUUGGUUUUAGAUAAGACAUCCAGUGAAACAAGCUGGGUUAUUAGUCCAAAGGCCAUAUUGUCACACCUUUCACCUUGACUUGUUCCUGAGUUCUAUUUGGCAGGUGGGGGGGUAUGGAAAGUAAUGCCGUAUUUGACCACUUUUGCUUUCUUGCCUUCCUCAGCCUCAUAAAAGCUAGUUAGUUCCAAGCAGUCUAUCCUGGAAGUGGCCAAUUGCAUAGGCUUUUUGCUAAGAAGCAUGGAGUUUGGUUUCUCUUUCUUUCUUGAAUGUCUCUUAUUAGGCAUUUUCCAUUAAAUCAGUUCACUACAAAAUGCCAAAUAUUCCCAGUGAAGGAACUAGUUUAGGAUAUUUUUGUCCGAUGCAUCCCAGCGGUUGUGCACAGAACCUAUGCUAUGAUGUAGUCCUCUGUGGAUACAGCCAUGCCCUCUUGCAAGAAAUUCCACAUACUAGGAAGCCCUGAUUACUUUCUGCGGUCACAUACAUCACUUAUAGGAGGCCGUGAGUGUGGAGGGAGGCAGCUGCAUCCUCCAAAGUUGGCAGGUGUAUUAAUAGUGGGGAGAAAAUAUUAAAAUGGCUAAAGCACUCCAAAUUCCUCUCUCGUAACCAUACUGUGUGUCUAAAUGCCAUUUUGUUUUAAACAUAAAUAUGUGGUUUCCUGCUUCCUGUGUCCAGUGCAGUAAAGAACUCUAUUGCAUCGCCCUUGUUAGUACAUCCAUCAAGGUGUGUGCUCUUAAAGCAGUUUGCGGGGAGUGGAGUGGGAAGGGAUGCUUUUGAAGAGAAGGUUGAACAAUAAACAGUGUCCCUGGCCAGCUCAGAGAAGAGCAUGAUGCUAACAUUCGACUUUCAAUCAGCUUUGAUUUCUGGGUUUUUGGUUUUUUGUAUGCAACAAAUAAUACAAAAUGAAGGAAAUGUUUAGAAACAUUUAUUUGACCCUGCCCAUGUAUUUCCAUGCUUUUGCACACUGGGGGCUAGAAACACACAAAAUUAAAUUUCCACAGUUUUCUGCAUCACCUUCAGCUUUAGACAUCUCUGAGAUGCUGCAUGGUGCAGUUGUAGUGAGGCACAUAUUUAGGCUCUCCUUUCUACUAAAGGUGCUGUAGUGCCACUGUGGCAGUGGCUGCUAUGGCAAGACUACUGUUUACAAUCCUAAAUACAAGAAGAGUUA